UAUGAUGCUGUGAAACCUAAGCGAGUUAGUGUAACCGUCGAUUUGGACCUAGUGCGAUCAGUGGCGGCACAGUUGCUCGAGCGACGAGAAUCACUCUCGUUUCCUGUACCCAGACAGCGUUUGUAGUUUUUUUUUUGUUUACAAUGGAUCUCGAAGGGCAGCGCAAAAAAGUGAUAGCACUUGGACUAAAAAUUGACAUACUGAAUGAACUACGAGAUCACGGUGGAACGCCAACUUCAAUCGGAAGAAAAUAUGGUCUCGGCGAAUCGACUAUCCGCAACUUUCGCCUCAACGAAGAGAGCCUCCGAGCAAAGUAUGCACAGACAUGUCCAAAAAGUACUCCACUAGAUGGUGCCAUAAAAGAAGAAGAAGAAUGUCCAAAAAGUCCAAAGCAUCUAGUUGGUAAAAUUUUUACCGCUGCUGGUGCAGCUUUCAACAAAUUAGGUGAAAUGACGAUGGAGUUGCAUCAGACAUCAGACUCUCCUUCAGGUAAAUGGACAGAUGAAGAAAUUGAGAUGCUUCGUCGUUCUGUUGAAACUUUUAGCGAGGAUUUAAACAAAAUCAGUGAUCACAUCAAAAGAAGAACUGUGUCUCAAAUUCGAACGACGUUAAAGAAAAAAGCAUUUGAAGAAGCUGGAAUACCUGUAAGACAACAACAGGUUGUGAAUCAACAUGCCCAAACACCUCAGCAACAGACAAACGUUCAACAAAUUCAGACUCCCAAACAAGCGUCAAAUAAUCAAAGUGUGAUGGUAAAGUCAACUGAAGUUACAUUGAACAUGCUGAAUGCUCCUGCCAAUGAAGUGGAUGUUGAAGGGUUACAAGAUGGGUGCCAAGUUAAAUUGGAAUUCGAUGGAACUACUGAAGAAGUAACAUCGUAACGGUUGAAUUAUUUCUUCCUAUUAACUGAUUUAGUAUUCAUAAUUAUAAUUAUAAUGCAUAUUAUAAUUUACAUGAAAUUCAGGAAAAUAUUUUUUAUAUAUAAAGGUAUACAUACAUUUGUGACAGCAAUCAUGUAUGUGCAUUGCUUGAAAAAGUUCUGAGAUCAAUGUAAUAUUUUUUAGAUUUAAAUCUAUAUUCAUAACAAUUGUAAUUAUUCAGUAAGUUUUUACAUAAGUUUAACUUUAAGAAAAAAAAUUUUAUUUCAAUUGUGUAAACAGUAACAAGUACUGGCUCUAAGUCCAUUAUUUUAAUUAUAUGAAAAAAACUAAUGACAAAUCUGAAAAUAAAACUGGAUUAAAAAUUUUUCCAUUAACUAA